GCCCUGCAGCACUCGAGAACUUGCAACCACUUAUCGUGUGCAUGAGCUAACGCUUGGCGCCAAAUCUACCUGAACGUCAUGCCCUCUCCGUCCCCAGACUUCUUUCCACUCUCUCUACAUCAAUAACACUUUUCCGAUCAGCCACAUCACAACUCGACUAAGAGCUAGGCUGUGCCCAUUGAUGGACUCGUUUUCUACAGCACUACGCUGCGAAUGGCGACCUGCAGUAGAGCUCACGCCUCCUGCAAGGGUCAGGCAUCGCUACACCGUGGGGGCUGAACAUCGACACAGCCUCAGGACCGCUGCAAGCUUACAUUCAUUUCGUCGCUAUCCUGCCUUCCGGCCUUCUCACGCUUUUACCUUUUAUCUCCAGCCGCGCCAACCUAGCAGCCUCGGUUCUAGCUUACGAUGGCCGAAGUCGUGGGGCUUGCAGCCAGCAUCAUCCAGAUUGGCGGCGCAGGCACAAAGCUGUCAAUCGAGCUUUACAACUUCAUCAGCACAGCUGCGCGUGCGGAUAGCGAGAUCACAAACAUUGCUGGAGACGUAAAGCUAACAUCCAAGGUGUUGGGCGACGUUGGAAAAGUGCUCGUUAGCGAUGAUGCCAAGAAGCUGGUAAACCAAGACGCAAUUCAGCAUGCGAAAGAACUAAUCAGGCAAUGCGAAGAGGUCUUCAACGAGCUUUCUGAUGUCGUCGAGAAGGGCAGAAAGCCAGGAACAGAUGGAAAGUCGCGCGUUAGCUUCAGGGCGAAGAUGGGCUGGCCUAUGAAAGAGCAGCGAGUCGAGCUUCUGCGCAGAAGGCUGGAGACACUGAAGAGUAGUCUACUGGUGCUCUUCUAUGUGUUGCAGUUGGCACACGACAAGGCCAGAGGGUACAUCCACUUCCAGAUAGACAAGGUCGAUUUUGCUAACAUCACAACAGCGACGUUGAAGCUGCCGCACUGGAAGAACAGCGAAAGCAGAUUCGGGAACUAUAUCAGCAGCAACAAGACUCGCUCAGAAUUCUCAAAGCGCUCGAACGAAAAAUAUGCGUGGACAAGGCUGUUGAUGGUGGCCCAUCACAAGACCCUAAUGCACCUGUGCCAUCAAGUCCGGGCAGCCUGACUAUCUCGACAGCGGCACCACCAGUUUCGACAGCUCACGAGCAAGUCAAAGGAAACGACUAUGCAAUGUGUCUCUUCAAAAACCUUGGCCCUGAUACAUCUGACAGCGAAGCAAUUACUACAGAUGACGAAGGCGAGCACUUGACGCUCGACGAACUUGCUGAAUGUGCGACCCAAGUUCAGAAGCUACUCAGACGUAUCAUGACGCUACAAGAAAUCCUUAAGAGCGGCAUAGCUGUGGACCAUCAUCGCAAAAGACGGAUGCAUAAGGUCUAUCAGCGCUUUUGUCGCAAGUUCGAG